GGCUUGGUGAAGUUGGUGGCAUUCUCUCCAUAUAAAAGCUCAUGUUAAAAAUCAACGUGGAUUAUGUUAGUCCUGCAUGUGUAUACAUGAACAAUGGGGAAGAUACAUUGAAAAGGAAGUAACUACAAUGCACGGAAAAUAUAUAUUUUAAUUACAGAACUCCUGCAAGUCAGCCAAUGUUGUGUAAUAAUUGAACUGUCGCAGCACGAACAUAUUUGAGACGAUAACACUACAGUACAGUGUAUUUCCUUGCAAGGUCAAAACCAACCAGAUGUCGCAAUCAUUGAGCUAUAGCCUCGCUCCUCGGAAGAGCACUGCAACUGGGCCAGGUAGUGCGCUGUGACGUAGGUACACCCACUCCCUAUCUGUCCUCAGUAUCUACAGUCCGGAGCGCCCGGUCCUGAAUUUUACCAACCUUGAGAAGUCCGCUGAACUUACGAACCGGGACUCGAAGAGGCGCCCGCUUUCAUCACCUACUUUUUACUCUUGCAACAAUGGAGUUUAAUCCAAAGAGGACUGUUUUAACGCUGAUUUUCAUCCAAUGUUGGAGCAUCCCCGGGUCCUUAUCCUUUAAUGUGGGAACUGCUGGAGCCAAGGUAUUUUCUGGACCUGCUGUAGAGGAGUUUGGAUACACUGUGCAACAGUUCAGGAAUCACCAGGGCAAAUGGUUGCUGGUUGGUUCUCCCUGGAGUGGAUACAACCAGGACAGGAAAGGAGACGUCUACAAGUGUGAGAUCAGAGGGGCCAGUUCAGGAUGUCAGAGACUCAACCUGCAGAACUCAGUCAGCAUAUCAGCAGUGAGUAAUGUCAAUGUCAACAUGAGCCUGGGGCUGACCCUAACCCGUACAGCUACAGAAGAUACAUUUAUGACAUGUGGACCUCUGUGGGCUCAGAAAUGUGGCAGUCAGUAUUACUACCCAGGGAUCUGUGCAGAAGUCAGCCCUCUCUUCAAUCCCCUGUCUUCAUUCUCACCUGCCCUUCAGACUUGUGGGGGUCCCAUGGAUAUUGCUAUUGUCUUGGAUGGCUCUAACAGUAUAUAUCCCUGGCCACCAGUUGUGGCUUUCCUCAAGAAACUUUUGGAGAACUUGGAUAUUGGACCUGACAAUACUCAGGUAAGUAUUAUACAGUACGCGGUUGAUCCGACUUUUGAAUUCCAUCUGGACUCCCACAAAACCAAAGACUCAAUCAUUGCGGCCGCAGCGAAAAUACCCCAGAAGUCAGGCCUGGAGACGAACACCUUCCGGGCCAUUGAAUUUGCCAGACAGCAGGCGUUCCUGCCUACAAACGGUGCCCGACCUGGAGCCAGCAAGGUGAUGGUGGUGGUGACGGAUGGAGAGUCUCACGACAAGGACCUCAAAGACGACGUCAUCGGGAAGUGUGAGCAGGAGAAGAUCACCCGGUUUGGUAUUGCUGUCCUCGGGUAUUACAUAAGGAAUGACAUCGACACUAAAAACCUGAUUGCUGAGAUCAAGUCCAUCGCCAGCACCCCGACAGACAGGUACUUCUUUAAUGUGUCAGCUGAGGAAGCUCUGCUUGAGAUCGCUGGAACUCUGGGAGACAGAAUCUUCAAUAUAGAGGGUACUGGGAAAGGGGGUGAUUUUCAGAUGGAGAUGUCCCAAGUGGGCUUCAGUGCCCACCAAACCAAGAAGCAGAACAUGAUGAUGCUGGGUGCAGUGGGGGCCUAUGGCUGGAGUGGUACUGUGGUUCACUACACUCCUCAGAAAUCAGACAUCUUCCCCAAGACGGCCUUCGAGAACAUUCUAGAGGACAGAAACCACAGUUCACUAUUAGGCUACUCUGUGACGACGCUGAAUGAUGGCAGCAUGGAGUACUACGUGGCUGGCGCUCCUCGGUCCAACCACACUGGACAGGUCAUAGUGUACAUCAUCAACAGCAAGGGACAACCCACCGUCAUAGACUCCCAGAGAGGAGAUCAGAUAGGCUCCUACUAUGGCAGUGUACUCUGUCCUCUGGAUGUGGAUAAAGAUGGCGUGUCUGAUAUACUGCUGGUUGGCGCUCCCAUGUUCAUGAAUGAACAGAAGAAGGAGACUGGGAAGGUCUAUCUCCUCUCUUUCACCAAGGGCAUCCUAAGUGACCAGGGGAUCCUGAAGGGUCCGUCCCCGGCGGACAACGCUCGUUUUGGGAUGUCCAUCUCAGCGGUGCCUGACCUCAACAUGGAUGGUUACAGUGAUGUAGUGGUGGGAGCCCCGCUGGAAGACAACAACAGGGGGGUCAUUUAUGUCUUCAACGGGGACAAGAAGAAACUGAGGACACAGUGUUCUCAGAAAAUCCUGGGCUCCCAGCUGGAUCCUGCACUGAAGUAUUUUGGGCGGUCCCUAGACGCCAACUCCGACCUAAACGAUGACACCAUCCCAGAUGUAUCAGUGGGGGCUUAUGGGAAGGUGGUCCAGCUCUGGUCUCGAGGUCUGGCCGUGGUGACAGUGAGGGCGACCUUUAACCCUGACAAGAUCAACAUCCUGAGUAAGACGUGCAGGGUCAGUGGGAGGCUGGUGUCCUGCUUCAAUACCACUGUCUGUUUCAGCGCCACCUUCAGGCCCAAGAUACCUGUAGGACCUGUGGCUCUCAGGUACAACCUGACCCUGGAUGCUGAUCUCCAGUCGUCUCGUGUCACCUCCAGAGGUCAGUUCAGUAACUCGGAGAGAGUCCUGCAGAGAGACAUCAGGGUUUCCACCUGGGAGGUCUGUGACACCUAUGAGGUCUUUGUUCAGGAGGCCCCUGACUUUGUGAGCUCCAUCGGAGUGCGUGUGGACGUCGCUCUGCAUGACCCAGACUCCAGUCCUGUUCUAGAUGUCCUCCGUCCUACUUCAUGGGAGUUCUUUAUCCCAUUCUCCAAAGACUGUGGCUCUGACGAGCUGUGUGAGAGUGACCUGCUCUUGAACGUCAAGAAAGGAGAGAUGAUUCCCAGCUCAUCUAAGAUGUUGGUCAGCUUUAAGAACAAGAGGUUGUCCUUUACUGUGUCUGUGACCAACAAGAAGGAGAAUGCGUACAACACCCGAGUCAUGGCCACAUACUCCAAAAACCUCUUCUACGCCUCCAUCACUCCUCCAAGUGAUGAAACAGAGGUGAAGUGUAGCUCCACCCGAGAGACUCGUAGCCUCUCGUGCCAGGUGGGAUACCCAGCUUUAAGGAAGAACCAGGAGGUGACAUUCGUAAUCAACUUUGACUUCAACCUGAAUCAACUGCAGACCGAAGCCGACGUGAGCUUUGAAGCUCUAAGUGACAGCACAGAGGUAAACCCCUCAGACAACCAAGCCUCUAUCUCCAUCCCUGUCCACUAUGAUUCAGAGAUCGCUCUCUCCAGGGAAGCAAAUCUCAAUUUCUACGUGGUUGACAUGGACAAUGAGGUGAAGACCACAGUGAAUACUUUCAAUGACAUCGGCCCUGAGUUAAAAUUCUCUCUGAAGGUUUCUACAGGGAAUUUCCCAGUGAAUAUUGCCUACCUCACAGUCUCAUUGCCCAGCUAUACAGCAGGAGGCAACCCAUUACUGUAUGUGACAGGAGUCAACACUGCACCUGCUGGAGAUGUUAGCUGUGAAGUAGAUAGCCUCGUCAAUCCUCUGAAGAUCAGUGAGAAGCCUUACACAUCAUCCUUCUCCAAGGAGAACCUUAUGGGCACAGAGGAGCUGAACUGUAAGACAGCCAAGUGCCAGCCUAUGAAAUGUGUCCUGAAAGACAUGGGGAUGAUGAGCGAUUUCUUUGUGAACAUGACCACACGGAUAUGGAACGGUACCUUUGCUGCUUCCUCAUUCCAGUCCACUGUGCUGACUGUGAGCACAGAGAUAGAGACUUCCCAACCUGAACUUCUGGUCAUCUCUCACAAGCACCUGACGGUUGGCGUCACCAUCAGUAAACCAGGGGUGAAAGGGGAGAUCCCUGUAGGCGUUAUUGUGGGCAGUGUGAUUGGAGGCCUGCUUCUAUUGGCUCUCGUCAUUGGCCUGCUUUGGAAGUUUGGUUUCUUCAGGAGAAAGUACCAGCAGCUGAUGAAAAACACUGAUGAAGACCAGGCGGAGACCGAGGGUCUGCAGGAGAACGCAGCAGCGUGAGAACCAGGCGCAGGAAAGAACCCAUCUUAGAAACUACAAUGUGCCAACAGACUGAGAACACAAUGACCAAAGACCACAACCACAACCACACACAAACUGAAUAAACAUGAUUUGUACAUAUAUAUUGAGCAAAUGGCUUGUUAGUGGAUGGGGCUGUUUGGGUGGUGGCUUUAACAUGGUUUUGGUUGUGGAGUGAACGAUUGCUUGGAGUGAACAGAAACACAUUGUUUGAGCGUGUUAGAGAGUGUGUUUUGAUUGGGACCAAAGAGACAACAGAUUUUAUUAGUGGAGGUAACAUGAUUCUCUAACCACCAAACACUUCCAAGCGAAGACCCUGUUAUGUCAGCCAUCUUGGACCCUCCAUAGGGACGUUAUUUAUCUACAGUGCAUUUUUGCUGGCUGAAUUCAUACUUCAGUACUGGUAUUCCUUUUUAUAUAUCUUCACGGAAUUGUUGAGGCCUAUUGUUGAGUAUGAAGCUUGUGUAUAGUAAUUUGUCAUAUCAAUUGAUGUUAUUGAUAUCAAUUGUUGAAAAGCACAGUAGUAUACUGUAAAUAGCCUUUCAAAUGGAUAUAGACAAUAGUUUACACAUGAGAGAUUAUGGACGUUAUCAUAUCAUAGCAUGUUAUCAUAUGCUAGCAUAUGACGUUCUCGGUGCUUUACAUGGCAGUGGGAGGCGUUUGGCAUUAUGUUGAUGCCGAGGCAUCCUUUUUUGUGAAAGAGAAAUUUACUUGAAUAUCAAAAUAAUAAUAGAACAUCAACAACCCAUACUUUCACUGAGGCACUUCCUGGCUUUGAGUAUCUCAGUCACUGUUUUACAGAGACAAUGCUGUAUAAUUACCCCAGCCAUACAACUGCCUUGGGAGACACUGUGAAGAUGCUGUCUUUAGAAUAUACACUGUAUUCAAAUCAUAUUCAUGUAAAAAUUGAUUCAUUGUACUAUUUGUAAAAAUGUAGUGAUCUUAAUCAAAGAAAAGCAGAGUUAUUGAAUGUGUAGAAAAUAAGUAUAUUUAUUGUGUGGUUUCUAUAUUAAAUAUGUAUCAUUCAAAUACUUUAUUAUCAAUAGAUAAAACAUAACACUUAAACAAGUGUUUUACUUAUUCCCUACAUAGCUAUGGUGAAAAUGCAAUAUUAGAAGCGCUUACUGGUUAAUCCGUUUAUUUUGUACAGUCAUUGUAUCAUGAUUGAGAGAAACAACAGCAAAUAAUUCACUGUAGGAUACAGACAGUAGCAAAGACUAAACUCUCUGCGAUAAUGUUUAUGAGAUCUAUUUUUGAACUGAUAUUUUUCCAGGUGUAUUUUCUAAGGGUACAUAUCACUUCCUUCAUUACAAUUCUCGAGCAUUCAUCUUUUUUUAUGACAAUGUUAUUGUGUUCAUUGAAACUUUUGAUUUUCAAAGUAUUGUAAAUAUGCUGAUGGGGAAUAUGAUUUCAUUAAAACUUUACGUACAUAAAAGUGG